GUGGAAGAUCCCGAGGAUGACUCACGACAACAAGACUUUAAUUUCCAAAGAUGGAGAUACAAAACCUACAACUUCACGAUUGCCACAUUUUGGACAACCCAUUUGGUUCGCUCCGAAGAAACCGAAACUGGCCCGGCAGGUCCUAAUUCAUUUUACAAUCUCUACCUCGACGAACCUGACCCUUCUUGGGCUUCCCAAAUCGUUGAGUUCGAUUACAUCAUCAUCUCCUCUGGACAGUGGUUUUUCCGACCACUCUUCCUUUUCGACAAACAAAAACGGAUAGGAUGCUUGUAUUGUUACAUUCCCGGCGUUAGAAAUGUCGGGGCACAUUUUGCGUAUAGAAGAGCAUUGAGAACAACAUUUAAGACCAUUCUUGGAUUAGAGAAUUUUAAAGGAGAAGUGUUUCUAAGGACAUUUGCACCUUCACAUUUCGAAGAUGGAGAAUGGGAUAAAGGUGGAAAUUGCUUGAAAACGCGACCCUAUAGGAGCAAUGAGACAGAGUUAGAAGGUAUGAAUCUAGAGACACACAACAUUCAACUCGAUGAAUUUCGCAUUGCGAAAAGAGACAAAAACAUAAACGAAGGAUUAAAUUUGAGAUUACUAGAUGUAACACAAGUGAUGCUGUUAAGACCAGAUGGACAUCCGAGCAGAUUUGGACAUAAACCGGAAGAUAAAGUUGUAUUAUAUAAUGAUUGUGUACAUUGGUGUCUACCAGGUCCAAUUGAUUCAUGGAACGAUUUUUUACUAGAU